AUGGUGGUCUCUUCGCGCUUUCAAGCCCUUAUACCCAACUGCUCUCUGCAGCAAUGGGUGUUUGGUUCCUCAUUCGAUGCCCUUUCCGAUGACCCUCAGUUCAUUGACCCAGACCGGCCUGAAACCCAUGUUCUUACGAGGGCAGACUACCGUCUCUGGUCGAAACGGAUUGCUUUGGGGCUGCAGAAGGCUGGCUUGAAGCCUGGCGGUCGGGUGCUACUCUUCUCCGGCAACACCCUGUUUACCCCGAUUGUCUUCAUGGGUGUUCUCAUGGCAGGUGGCAUCUUCACGGGAGCGAACCCGAGUUUCGUCGCCCGCGAGCUUGCCUACCAGCUGAAAGAUAGCGGCGCAGAUUUCCUCAUAGCGACUGACGCGAGCAUUGAGGUCGCUGUGGAAGCUGCCGGCGAGGCCGGGCUACCAAGGCAUCGAGUGUACAGCUUCGAUGCCACGGGUCUUGAUGCGGAGCCUGGCAACGCCCGCUUGGGCACCAGACACUGGACGUCCUUGCUUGCCCCCAAACAAGAGGCCGCUGAGUUUGAUUGGGUCGAGCCGGCCGACACACGUGCGACGACGUGCUGCUUGAAUUAUUCGUCGGGCACGACCGGCGUCCCCAAAGGUGUCGAGAUCACGCACUACUCCUACGUUGCGAAUGGCGUCGGUGUCAUCACGGUCGAGCAACUCGACCCCGAACACGCCGAGAAAGCCAAGAGGGCCCGGCAGCUGUGUUUCUUGCCCAUGUAUCAUGUGUUUGGCCAGACCUACUUCGCCUGCAACUACCCAAAGUUGGGCAUGCCGGUCUACAUCAUGUCAUCGUUUGACUUUGAGAAGAUGCUGCAGCAUAUCGAAAGAUUCCGCAUCACAUCCCUUACGGCGGUGCCGCCUAUCGUUGUAGCCCUCGGGAAGCACCCGGCGGUGCGCAACCACGACUUGAGCAGCGUUGAAACCAUUGGGAGUGGUGCUGCCCCGCUCGGCUUGGAAAUAUGCGACGAGGUCGCCAAGUUGUGGCCUCCGGGGACUCUGACCGUGCGCCAGGGGUGGGGGAUGACCGAGUUGACGUGCACUGCCACCAACUGGCAUCCUAAGGUGUUCUUGAGGACAUCGGCUGUUGGCGAGAUAGCACCCAACUGUAGCGCGCGGAUCAUGAAAGUUGACGGGUCUGGAGAGGUCACCGAGGCCAACGAGCGCGGUGAGAUAUGGGUUACGGGUCCUACUCUUUUCAAGGGUUAUUGGAAGAAGCCUCAGGCCACCGCCGAUACCGUCCACGUCGAUGCUGAUGGAACGCGAUGGCUCAAGACGGGCGAUGUCGCCUACAUCGAGAAAUACGAACCCGGCGGGCUGUGGCACAUUGUGGACCGGAUCAAGGAGCUCAUCAAGGUCAAAGGUAACCAGGUGGCUCCGGCCGAGCUGGAGGCUGUGCUGCUCGACAACAGCGGUGUCAGUGACGUAGCGGUCGUUGGCGUCACCAUCAACGGCGAAGAGUUGCCCCGCGCCUAUGUCGUUCCCAAUCCCGCGGCCAAGCAGACCGAGCGGGAGAUUGCCAAGUGGAUCGAAGAGAGAGUUACGAGGUACAAAUGGCUCAAGGGCGGUGUCAAAUUCAUCGACGCCAUCCCGAAGAACCCCUCGGGCAAGAUACUCCGAAAGAAACUCAGAGAGCUGGCAGCCAAGGAAGUCGGCGAUAGAAAACCUCCCAUGGCCAAGUUGGCCUGA